AUGGUGGCCAGCGAUCGAGUACAGAAGCUGCUCCGCCGAUAUAAACUAGCGAUAGCCGCCGCGUUAACUAUCCUGCUGGUGCAGGGACUCGUGGUAUGGAGCCUGAGGAGUCUGGAGGAGGGCGAGGCAGAGCGAAAAACACGGCGGUCUAAGCUGCCUGACCACAACAGCCAGGACCUCAAAAGAGACUCCUCUCUUUGGGAGAAACAAAACUCUUUGUCGGGGAGGAACCGGGGCCGAUGGAGCGGCAGGUCGGAGAGGACGGGGGGCACGGCGGCCAGUGCGCUGAGGAGAGGCACCAGCCGCAGAGGGGAGAAGCCGGGCAUCAGGCCGAAGUCUCCCCAGGAGCAGGGGAUGGCGGGAGCCGGGCUGGACGGCGUGGUCCUCCCCGACCGGUCCAGCAGCCGUAACUUCAGCGAGACCCGAGGCGGAGCCGACGGGGCGGCCAAGUUGCCGGCCGCCCCCGUCGCCGUACUGGGGGAGCCGGGCAGCGUGGACGGGGCGCACCACCCCCCCAGCAGUGACUUUGUGCCCAAAUGUGACAUCAGAGGCAAGGACGCGCUGUCUGCCCUUCAUCGCGCCGGGUCGCAGCAGUGCAGACAGGAGAUCGGCAACAUCGUGUGUCAGCAUCAGGCCGGGAAGCUCAUGCCGGUCGCACUCCCUCAGUUCUGCCCCCAGCUCGGAAUAUCAAAUCAGGUCCAGGCCUUUGGCGAGCUGGACAACAGCCUGUCCAGAGUGGAGAACCCCGUCAGAGUGGCUUUCGUUUUGAUGGUGCACGGCCGAGCUAUACGGCAGCUCAAGCGCCUCAUCAAAGCCAUAUAUCACCGCGACCACUACUACUACAUCCACGUGGACAAGCGGUCCGGGUACUUGCACCGGGAGGUCCUGCAGCUCGCCCAGCAGUACCCGAACAUCCGAGCCACGCCCUGGCGGAUGGUCACCAUCUGGGGCGGUGCCAGCCUCCUGAAGGCCUACCUACGCAGCAUGCAGGACCUGCUCUCCAUGGCGGACUGGAAGUGGGAUUUUUUCAUCAACCUCAGCGCCACAGAUUUCCCCACCAGGACCAACGAUGAACUGGUGGCGUUCCUGUCACAGCAAAGAGACAAGAACUUCCUCAAGUCCCACGGGAGAGAAAACGCCCGGUUUAUUAAGAAGCAGGGCCUCGACCGUCUCUUCCACGAGUGCGACAACCACAUGUGGCGUCUCGGCGAGCGCAGCAUCCCAGAAGGCCUCGAGGUCUCGGGCGGCUCCGAUUGGUUCGCGCUCACCCGCCGCUUCGUCGAGUACGUCAUGAACUCCCAGGAUGAUCUGGUGUCGGGGCUGAAGCAGUUCUAUUCCUACGCUCUGCUCCCCGCUGAGUCCUUCUUCCACACGGUGCUGGGUAACAGUCACAUGUGUGACACCCUGGUGGACAACAACCUGCGCGUCACCAACUGGAACCGUAAGCUGGGCUGUAAAUGCCAGUACAAGCACAUUGUGGACUGGUGUGGCUGCUCCCCCAAUGACUUCAAACCACAAGACCUCAUCCGGAUCCAGCAACUGACCCGUCUGACAUUCUUUGCACGCAAGUUUGAGUCGUCGGUGAACCAGGAGGCCAUAGACAUCCUGGACACUCACCUGUACGGCCAGUACGCUCCGGGCACCGUUGCCGUUAAGGCGUACUGGGAAAGUCUGUUCGAGCAGCUGGAAGGCGUGGGCUCGCUCGGGGACGCGGCUCUCACCGCUUACACUGCUUUCUUUCGUCUGGGCCUCAAGAAUCUGGCAACUACUCAGAGCAACGUGGAGGCCUGCAGGUUUGAACCAGUAGACUACCCUCUAUCAGUACACGUUUACUUUUAUGACGACCGCUUCCAAGGGUAUCUGGUGCGGCAGGAAGUCCAGGCGGUGGGUUCAGAGUUCAGGGAGACACUGGAGAUGUGGGCGGUGCCCCAAGCCACGCUGGUCCUCGAGAGGAACCUGAAGGAGUUUGAAAGGCUCAAGAACCUGGAAAUCGGCACAGAGUGGGAUCCGAAAGAAAGAAUCUUUCGUAACUUUGGCGGCGUGAUCGGCCCUUUGAACGAACCACUGGCGGUCCAGAAGUGGGCACGCGGUCCCAACCUCACCGCCACUAUCGUAUGGAUCGACCCAGCUCUGGUGGUGGCAGCUUCUUACGACAUUACCGUGGAUGUGGAUGCGGAGUACACCCAGUACAAGCCUGCGCUGCAGCGCCCCCUGCGACCCGGCACCUGGACGGUACGGGUGUUGAAACAGUGGGAGCGCGUGGCAGAAGUUCGCUUCCUGGUCAUGCCCCUAACCUUUAAAGAUAAGGAGCCGCUACGCAAAGAAGAGGACAGCUGGCUCCAUGCAGGGCCUCCGGGUAACCUGUACCUGGAGCAGAGCUUCCAGCAGCUGAGCUCCGUUCUCAAGCUGCCCCCCCAGGAGUCGGCCAUGAAGGAGGCCCAGCGCAGAGCCCAGCUGGUGGGUCUGCCCCUCGAAGCGUGGGUGGACAGCAGCAUCGGGACCUUCUGGGUUACAGGCGGUCUGUGCGCCACACAGUCCUCCUCCUGCACAGCCGUGGGACCGUGCUCCAAGACCUCCUGGAGCUCUCUGUCCCCGGACCCCAAGUCUGAACUGGGCCCGGUCAAAAGUGACGGGCGGAUCAGGUAGCCCCCCGAGAGAGGAGAGACUGUAGACUUCAACACAUACACAGGAAGACCGAGGGAGAGCCGGACCUGCACCGGAGAGCUCCGAGAGGACCUGUGUGAACCGGAUCUCCCCUCCGAGCUCAGAGGGCACAUAAACAAACGGGUCUUCCUGCACUGAGGAGUCGAGGUGUUCUCAGUGAAGAGCUAAUACAGACUUAAAAGAGGAGGAUGCGACUGCUGGAAAUUUGCACAUAGACGGUUUGCCAGCGCAAAGACUGGUGACAUUGUUUGCUCAACGGUUACACGGACGUAUAGUUUUUAUUUUCCUGGCACACCGUCUGCCAGUCAGGGUCGGAGUUUGGGGGGAAAAAAGAACCUCUGUGAAUGUUUGAGCUCCGUUUGAACGCACAGUUUUCCAUUUUUCCUCCGCUUUGAAAGAAUCGGGAAGCAGUUGUCAAAACUCAACUACAGACUCUUCUUCAUUUCAAGGGAGAGCGGAGCCUCUGAAUGACGUUGUUGUGCUUAUUUUUGAAGCAUUGUUGUUGUUCUGUAAGCACGAGGAGCAGACGGAUGAAGUGCACUUUACUGUAAGACGGUGACCUUGAACAGAGGUCACUCGGUUACAGUCUUAUGGAGUCAUCGCUUUCAUUUCACAGCACAGAUGCAUCACUAAAUACUUGGUACCUGUAUUAGGAAGAUAUAAGAGAGUAUAGAGAGAGAGAGAGUUUAGUUCUGUUAACUGUGACAUAUCUUUGUUUUUGAAUGUAUUUGUUUUGUCUGUUAGUUCUCUGAACUGGUGGUAAAGUGUUAAGUCUUUGAUGUCCGUCGACAGUCGAAACCUUCAGUGAGUGAGGAGACCUUAAGUUGAGAUUGUUUUGUCAGCUGUUGUUUUCAAGUUCGAGAACGAACUGUCCAGCUGAAAUCCUCUGAAAUGAAUUAGUCUACUUUAUUGCUUCUUUGAUUUAAAGCCAACUUCACAAGAUAACACUUUAAAGGAAUAGUUUCUCAACACGUUCUACUUCCUGCGUUGUUGUUGUGCUGUUGUUUACCUCACGGGUCGGUUAUUGUUGUCAUUUAAUUUCCUCCGGUGCAUUUCAAUUCAACUCACGUCCACCAACCGCAAUGUUAAGCAGUCCGCUGUUUGUUUGUGUUUCUAUUUUAAGCGUGAUCAAGAGAAUCUAAGCUGCCUUCACUUAGUGAGAAGAUGAAAUUGUUUACUACGAGAUAUCAGCUUCCAGAGAUGUGCAAUGGAUGCCUUUUCAGAGGAUAGUGAGCCGCCCCCCCCGCCUGUGUCUUAGUUAGCUUUUUUUUAUACCUAAUUUUAAAUGUUCUUAAAUAAUAGUCCACACCAUAUGUUUUCAAGUGACCUUGUUCACCUUGCACAGUACAGUUGCUUCAGUGAAGCCCCAGUUUUAUGGAUAUAAGCGAGAGUAAGCGCCGGAUCAGAUGUUAUUUUUCUACGCUGUUUGAGAGGAAGUGUGUGUGUGUGUGUGUGUGUGUGUGUGUGUGUGUGUGUG